AUGGAGCUUCGUUCCCCGGUCAUGACCCCUACCCAUCCUGCUCUUCCUAAGAGGGCUUCCUGGCAGCCGCGCACUUACAACACCGCUACACCUGGAGUGAAGCAGAUGGCUCAAGACUUCAGGGUAGGACUCUGGAGCUUCGUGGAGGACAUCCGACAAGCCACCGUCGGCGACGAGCCGAUUCAUGGCAUUUCCCGUCCUGGCUCGACCGAUCCCACGGGGAAAAGGGUCGGCUCGUUCGGCGACCAGGACACGAUCAGGGCCCUCAACUCUCGUCCCAGAGUCCCAUUGAGCUCCGCUUUUGACUCGCCGAUCGACACCCCAAGCAAGUCGUCCAAGCCGUUGCAGGAACGUCCGAACCCGAAGCCGGCGACGAAGUCUACGACCAAAGCAAAGCACUUCUCGUGGACGCCGUUGACCUUUGACUCUUUUGACGAUGACUGGUCGAAUUGGGACUCGCCCGUGGUUUCUUCGGCCAAGUCUGCUCGCUGGAGCGGCUCGACCGUCGGCGGCGCGGAGGGACUUGCGUCCAUGUCCGAGAACAACGAUGAGAAUGUGACUCCACUCAAGAAGAAGAUGCCCAUCACCGUUGACACUUCGGCCCGGUCUGACUCCCGCCCCGAGUCGGCUCUCUUGUCGCCUACCCAGCUCGGGGAGCUUCUGCCCACCGUAGUGAACAAACUCUCACCUGGCAACCUCAAGCGUACCGCCAACAACCUCAUGGACGAAUGGGAAAAGAGCUUGUCCCCGCCGCGACAGCAGCAAGACGAAGAGGAACAGCUGAUCGAUUUCCGGGAGACCACAGCCUGA